AUGGAUCAUACCACCACUCAACCCCUUAACUUCUCACUCAAUCCCCAUCGUCCAUCAUUUUCCUCUCCAUCAAAACCCCACCUCCCUCGUCAAUUUCUUAUCCACGUGAACGGAUCAAAUCCUGUGGCUAUAUAUGGGAUGGCAACGUAUAAUUGUAAGAUAUUCAAGGUAGGAGGGCAUCCUCUCUUCUGGCAUCAGCUCGAGCUUAGGACACGCCUGGAUGAGCAAAUGGCGAAUGGAUUUGAGGUGUUGAAGCCCCUUGUAAUUCAAAGAUUUCAGAUUUUCCAUGUUCUCGAUUUCAAGACUCAAGCUUUAGACAUGCGCAGAUCUUCAGUUGGCAAAGAGGGGGAGGCGUUGAAGCCCCUCGUAGCUUAG